AUGAAUCCAGAAGGAAAGAAAAUGGCAGCAAGCUUGUACGGACGUGUCAAUGCACCCACGGAAAGGUGUCGAGUUAGUUUUUGUACGGAUAUGGAAAAAUCAGUUUUGAUGAGCAAUUUCGAAAGGCGUGGGUGGCAUCAAGUUGGGCCUGACGAUGAAUGGAAUUUUUAUUGGGCGUCAACUCAAACUUGCCGAAACUUGUUCAGCGUUGAAAGUGGCUACCGAAUGAACGAUAAUCAAAUGAUUAACCAUUUCCCGAACCAUUACGAAUUAUCAAGGAAAGACUUACUCGUAAAAAAUAUAAAGAGAUACCGAAAGGAAUUGGAAAGAGAAGGUAGUCCGUUGGCCGAAAAGGCCGAAGUAAUUUUACAUGGAGGACAAGUCGUUACGCGCUACGUCCAUCUCGAUUUUAUCCCUGUGACAUUCGUUCUCCCGGCGGACUACAACAUGUUUGUCGAGGAAUAUCGUAAAUCACCGCAGAGUACGUGGAUUAUGAAACCAUGUGGAAAGUCCCAAGGUACAGGAAUCUUCCUCAUAAAUAAGUUAUCAAAGUUGAAAAAAUGGUCUAGAGAAGCGAAGGCACCUUUUCAUCCGCAAUUAAGCAAAGAGAGUUAUGUUAUUUCUCGCUAUAUUGAUAACCCAUUGCUUAUUGGAGGUAAAAAAUUUGAUCUCAGAUUAUAUGUCUUGGUGACAUCGUUUCGACCGUUAAAAGCUUACAUGUUCCAGUUAGGAUUUUGUAGAUUUUGUACUGUGAAAUAUGAUACCAGCGUAACAGAGUUAGAUAAUAUGUACGUACACUUAACUAAUGUUAGCGUACAAAAACAUGGCGGAGAUUACAAUAGUAUUCACGGCGGGAAAAUGAGUGUUCAGAAUUUACGCUUAUUUUUGGAAGGCACGAGAGGGCGGGCUGUUACAGAGAAACUAUUUGCUGCGAUUCAAUGGCUUAUUGUGCACUCUUUAAAAGCUGUUUCGUCAGUAAUGGCGAACGAUAGGCAUUGCUUCGAAUGUUAUGGAUAUGACAUUAUAAUAGACAAUCAAUUGAAGCCAUGGCUGGUCGAAGUUAACGCGUCGCCGUCUCUAACGUCCACAACCGUUAAUGAUAGAAUAAUGAAAUAUAAGCUAAUAGAUAAUAUUUUGUCAGUUGUUCUGCCAUCAGAAGGUGUUCCAGACGUGCGAUGGAAUAAGGUGCCAAGUUUUGAAGCUCUCGGUAAUUUUGAUUUAUUGAUCGAUGAGGAAUUGUUGGAAAAAGAAGAUUCUACAAAUUCGACUAGCAGAACUUCGAAAAAUAAUAAAAAAUGA